AUGGAUCAGAUUCUGUUCGACACAUUUAUCGAACAGGUUGCAUUAGGGCAUAGAGCUGAUAAUGGUUUCAAGCGAGAGGCAUACCAAAUUGCGGCUAAAGAAGUUACGAAGCAUACUGACGUAGCCGUCCAGUGGCAAAACAUGUCGAAUCGGUUGAGAUAUUAUAAAAGAGAGUAUAAUGCAGUGAAAGACAUGCUAGCAGCGAGUGGGUUUGGUUGGGACAAUGAGAGGAUGGUGGUCAUGGCUCUAGAUGAAGUCUGGAAGGAGUAUUUUAGGUCUCACUCACGUGCCGAACGACUCCGAGGGAAACGCAUCGAAAGGAUGGAUGACCUUACAGUAAUUUGCGGAUCUGACCAGGCCACCGAACGCUAUGUGCAAGGCAGUAGGAGUAUGGCUGCAUCAGCAUCAUCUUCUCGUCUUCAGUGA